AUGGGUUCAUCGGCCAAUGCCCAUUUCAAGUCAUCUAUUUACUUGCAGGAGCCCGAUCAAAACACCUCGCGGUUCAAAAUCUACCAGGGUAACAACGCGAACACAGAAAUCCCCAGCCGGAGCCGGGGAGGCCGGGACAUUUUUAAAAUCCUCUUCCGAGACCAAAGGCCACCUGUAAGGUGGCACCGGCCUGAGCAAGCCCUGCCCCUGCCUCCCAACGCACGGAAACCCUGCAGAAGUUUGCAAACGUCAGGUCCAGUGGGACCAGAGGUCAACUCGGUGGUCCGGCUCCAGCGGCGCCCCGAAGAGAAGAAGCAAGAUGGCCCUGCCCGGGGCCCCAGCGCGGAGGCGGAGAGCGCGCCGGGCGCCCAGAUCAGCAUGCAAGUUCUGGGACAGGAGAGUGUAUCAGAGAAGAUGGCAUCUCUGAGCUGCCAGGUGGGGGAGGCAGAGACGCCUCCCGAAAGGAUACCUCAGGAGCUGGACCUUCAGCAGUCAGCCUCAGGCCCCGGAGAGCAGCUGAGCCACGUGGUGAAAGAGGAAUCUGACAGCGAGCCAGCAUUCGUGAUGGCUCCUUCCCAGCUUCUUGUCCGGCCUGAGGAAAGGCCCGUGAGAGAUGAGGACGUUGGCGCCUCCUUCCUCCACGCAUCGUCUCAGGUGAGCUGUGUUCCCCCAUGUUUCUCACCCUCAGCCAGGUUGGAGCGUGAUUCAGUGCUCGGGAUUGAAAGAAAAGGAGAGCAUCUCCCUGAGGCGCAGGGAAGCCUCCAGGCUGAGGGAAGAGGGGAGCAGCUCUCUCCUCGGGAAAGGAAUUCUGGGAAACAGCUAGGCCUGCAUUUGCCUAAUCCUCACCCAGGAGACCUGUCCAUGUUGUGGCUUGAGGAAAAGGCAGAGGCCCCCCAGAUAGGCCAGCUGAGAGCCUCCAUGGUCCAGAAACACCCUACCUGUAGGGAGUGUGGGAAAACCUUUUACAGGAAUUCUCAGCUUUUGCUUCACCAGAGAACUCACACCAGAGAGGCAUCCUUUCAGAGCCCCACUUGCCAAAGAACGUUUUUGCGGAGCUCAGACUUUGUGAAGCAUCAGAGAAGCCACACGGGAGAGAAGCCUUACAAAUGUGAUUACUGUGGGAAAGGCUUCAGCAAAUUCGCAGGAUUGCGCCAUCACAAGAAAAUCCACACGGGAGAGAAGCCCUAUAAAUGUCCCGUCUGCGAGAAUAGCUUCAUCGAUAGGUCAAACUUUAUCAGACAUCAGCGGGUCCACACAGGAGAGAAGCCUUACAAGUGUUCUCACUGUGGGAAAAGUUUCACUGAGUUCUCUGGGUUGCGCCAUCACGAGAAAAUACACACAGGGGAGAAGCCCUAUAAAUGUCCCGUCUGCGAGAAAGGCUUCAUUCAGAGAUCAAACUUUAUCAGACAUCAGCGGGUCCACACAGGAGAGAAGCCGUACAAGUGUUCUCACUGUGGGAAAAGUUUCAGCUGGAGCUCAAGCCUUGAUAAACAUCAGAGAUCUCACUUGGGGAAGAAGUCCUUUCAAUAGCUGCCCUCUUUUAGUUCAUUUCUCUCCGACCAAUUAAAAACACUCUGCUUUUGGA